AUUGUGAAUAUUUGGAGACCUGGUUGAUGGUGCAGUAGAGUAGACGGCGGUAGAAGGAAGGGGUUUUGGAACGGAAUGGGAAAACGAGAGAAGCAGAAGCAGAAACACGAUAGGAGUCAACGUGGCAGAGAUUACUAUCUCCAAGACAACAAUGAAGAUGAUACUUCAACAAUGCUUUCACCCUCUCACAAUGAAGAUGAAGAUGAAAUAGAAGACGCUGCUGAUUCUGAUGCUGACAACAACGACAACAAUGAUCAACACCCAUCUCACGAUAUGCCUUCUAAAUUCCUCCUCUACCAACAAUCUGUCCAGUCUCCCAAAGGAGACAUUAGUUAUUUGCAAAAGUUCUUUCUCAUGUAUGUGGGUGGAAGGGUGCCCCUCCAUCUUCAAGAAGAUUUCUGUGGCACUGCGUUGCUUAGUGCAGAAUGGCUCCGCAGCGAUCCAAGAAAGACAGCUGUAGGAUUAGAUUUGGAUCUUGAAGCACUUAACUGGUGCCUGGAAAACAAUAUACCUAAAAUUGGGGCUGACGGGUUCUCUAGAAUAUCUCUCUUUCAUGGCAAUGUCUUACAACCUCUCCAAUCUAAACUUGUGAAAAUCGAUCCUGAGGAGCUUGUAAGGAACAUUUCACUGUCACAGAAUACAGAGAAUUUGCAGACUGAUGUAAUCGAGUCUGAUGUCCCAACAAGCUCUGCAGCUCAAGAUGAUGAGUUAACUAUGAAUAACUUUACACUGAGUGGAAGAGAUAUUGUGUGUGCUUUUAACUACAGCUGUUGUUGUCUCCAUAAACGCGCUGAACUGGUUUUGUAUUUCAAGCAUGCUCGUGAUGCCUUGUCAAAGAAAGGUGGAAUUUUUGUAAUGGAUUUAUAUGGAGGUACAUCGUCAGAGAACACGUUGAAGCUUCAGAGAAGAUUUCCUAAUUUUACGUACGUAUGGGAGCAAGCUGAAUUUGAUAUAAUUCAACGGAAAACAAGGAUUAGCCUCCAUUUUCAUCUGAAAAAGGAAAAGAGAAAAAUUCGUCAUGCAUUUUCAUACAGCUGGCGGCUGUGGACAUUGCCUGAGAUCAGAGAUUGUUUAGAAGAGGCUGGAUUUCGGGCCGUUCACUUUUGGGUUAGAGAGAUGCCAGACUCCACUGAAAUUACAAGAACUGAGGGAUUUGGUGUGGGAAAGGAUAUAAAAUAUGAAGAGGCAACAAGUUUUCAGCAACAAGAUUCUUGGAAUGCUUACAUAGUUGGUGUAGCAUAGAUUCUUAGGAUGUUAAACUUAGUUUCUGCUGCUUUAUUUCUGUCAUAAUAACUAGAAGACAACACUUGCAUUGAUCAGUUUCUUUGCUUGUAACAUACUUUUCUUUCUUUAAUAUUUUAUUUUAAAUUGGAUUAUGAAGCAUACCAAGCUAUUAGAGUUGCAUUCAUAUUAA